AAUGUCAAAUCGAUUUCCUAUUUGUUCGCUCAAAUUUUAUAACCAAAUAGAAUUAUUUAUUUCACGAAUAGUACAUGUAAUUACAUAAUGUUUCAAUCAGUGUUAAAAAGUUAUCGUAUUGUGCAAAAACUUAGACCUUUGACUACGACUUUUCCUUCAAAAUGUAGAGGAAUUCACGUGACUCCAAUUUUCAGGCAUGGUGAAUAUGAAUGGCAAGAUCCGAGGUCGGAAGACGAGGUUGUGAAUAUAGUGUAUAUAGACAAAGAUGGAAAUAAAACGAAAGUAAGGGGCAAAGUCGGGGACAAUGUUCUAUAUUUGGCACACAGAUAUGAGAUUCCUAUGGAAGGUGCUUGUGAAGCGUCCUUAGCAUGUACAACAUGUCAUGUGUACGUACCACCAGAAUAUUUUGACAAACUACCCCCGUCUGAAGAAAAAGAAGAUGAUCUGUUAGAUAUGGCACCAUUUCUCAAAGAAAACUCUAGAUUAGGCUGUCAAAUUACUCUCACAAAAGACAUGGAAGGUUUAGAAGUUCAGUUACCGCAAGCAACAAGAAACUUUUACGUAGACGGACACAAACCUAAACCGCACUGAUGAGGAUUACGUAACCCGUAGGCUUUUUACAAGUACUAGACAGAGCUUAGAUGAAGUGACAGUGACAGUGUUUGUUUUAGAUCUGUUGUUGAGUGCAUUGAUAAAGUUGCCUUAAAUUUGGCAGUUUGAUAAGUUACAUACUGAAAUACUGUUUAGUAAUACCAUAUAAAUGAGUACUAAUACCGUCACUACCAAUGUUAAAUCCACAGUUUCUUUGAAUUAUGUUGCUUCAUUCUAAAAGUAAAACUACUCACUACCCAACUUAUAAUUUUUUUUGUUAUUGUUAAAAAAAAAGAUAUUGAUAUUGUGACUUCAUUUGAGCUCUGCAACAUUGACAAGUUUGUACAACACAGAUACGUAGGUAUCAAUAUAUUUUAGUUAUACAUUACAAUAUAAGAAACGAACAAUGCAAAAUUCGCGAAAGCAAAUCACAAGUUCGUGAGUUAUCAGUCAUCACAUAAGUUGUUAUCGUCCUGAUUUUAUUAUCUAAAGUAUCAAUAUGUUGAAUAAGUUGGAGUUAUGUAACCUCGAAUAUGAACAAGUUUAUUUUAUUUGUUGAUGUUUAAAUUAUUGUUUUAGAUGUACCUUAGGUAAUAAAUACACGAGGCAACGAAAACUUCUAUUACUCGACGACUUUUAGUUGCACCCUGUAUAGUGUAUAUGAUGACCUUAGAGUUGGAAUUGUGGUCGCAUAGACAAUUUAAUAGUCUGGUACAGUAGAUUUUCGUUGCCACGUGUAUAAUGGCCUAAUUUUUGAUACCAGUCUGAAUUCGAAUCCUUUAUAUUACAGUAAGUAAUAAUUUGAUAACUGGUUUUCAGAUUUUUGAGUACAAUAAAUCGAAUGCUUGAAGCAUAAUGUAUAUAGUUUAAUUAAGAAUUUGUUAUUAGAUACGAAAAUGUUGUACAAAAGUUGUAAAAAAAUUAAAUGAUUUUAUCAAUAA